AUGGCGGGCCUCAAUCCUCUUCCACCGUCGCACGUCCACAGCACCGUCCGCCUCACGCACGCCCAAGCACACACCUACCUCUCUUCGUUCCUCGAGCAGACGGAAAUCGACGCAGCGUACCGUCCGGACUCGACACUCACCGAACGUGGACCUCAGGCCGUCAGCACCGGCUCCAACCCGAACCUCACCCUCCACCACCUCAAGCGCAUCUUGCAAGGCAUAGAAGGAAAACAAAUCAUUUCCACUCUCGACCUUGAUCAUGCUGACGCUGACGCCGUGGGGGCCACCACCACCAACACCUCAUCCCCAACCACCAAACGUACCAGGGAGGCCGCCGAUGCAGACGCUGACGGGGACCAAUCUAAAGGUGCAAAACGCCGUCAGUACCUUUACGAGUCCCACGAAGGCCGCACAGGUCCGGCAGACGAUGAAGGUGACGAACCAGCGGUGACGACCACCGAGGACCUGGAUGGCUGGCAGGAUGCAGAGGAAUAUGCCCUCGCUCAGACGGAGGGCAAUCUCGAUCUGACAAACGAAGAUCGGCAUCCUGGCGCGGACCUGCCUGAGCCCGCCAACCCAGAGGAAGAAGCAGAACUUUUAAAUGUCGAGGUUGAAGACGAUGCUGGUUCCGACGCAAACACAAAAUCACAAAAGCCAGCCGUGAGUAAAAAGGACAAGGACGAGAGAAGAAAGUUGAAAAAGCAGCGCAGAAAGCAAGAGAAGACAAAGACUGCAGAAGUCAAGAGAAGACAAGCCGCAAAAGACUAG